UAAUGCCUUUUGGUGCAAUUUAUGAGAUUAGUAAAGGAUGGAGUUUAGGACCAGAAUAUUGCGAUAUGUGGACAUCGAGUGAUGUGCUUUGUUGUACUGCUUCAAUAUUACAUUUAGUGGCUAUUGCUGUAGAUAGAUAUUGGGCGGUAACAAAUGUCGAUUACAUUCAUACCCGAAACGGAAAUCGAAUCGGAGGUAUGAUUGUAGUUGUAUGGUCGGUUGCAUUAAUUGUAUCAUUAGCACCCCAGUUUGGUUGGAAAGACGAUCAAUAUUUGGAUCGGAUCAACAAAGAACGCCGUUGCUUACCAAGUCAAGAUAUUGGCUAUCAAAUAUUUGCAACAUGUUCAACAUUCUACGUGCCUCUACUUGUAAUAUUAAUCUUGUAUUGGAAAAUAUUCCAAACAGCUCGAAAACGAAUCCAUCGGCGGCGAGAACAACGUGUACCGGAUAGUUUAUCAUCGAAAACCAAUAAUAAUAGUAAUGAUGCAAGAAUAACGAAAAAUUUUCUAACAAAACGGAAAUUUUUACGUAUGAAAAAAUGUAAAAGUAAGAAAAAAUCUACGGCCGCGGAAGCGUUAGUUUCAUCGUUGGUUAUGGUAGAAGGACAUUCAACGACCACAGUGGACGUGGUACAGGAAUUCGAUGAGAAAGCGUCAAGUGGUAAUCAUCCAAACAAUGAAGAAACUACAACCGCGUUUACGAUAUCAAAAAGUACGGGAACAACUGAGACCGCAAUGCCUAUGGAAAGCGCUCCAACAGAAAGUAAGGUAGGUGCAACUUCGAAUAAUGUUUCGCCAGAGAAAUCUUCUGCUACAACAACGAAUAAUGGUUCAGCAAGUCAUCAAAGUCAUAUAAGUGAUAUCAGUCGUGUGGAAAUAUUAACAAAAGAUCAACAAUUGAGUAUAACGACUCCCCAAGCAACGGCCACGCAUACGGCACCUUCACCAGGAUUACUUCAUCCGCACGAUCAUAAUAAAGAUAAAAACAGUAAUAGCAACAUCGCUACGCUAACACGUGAUAAUCGACGCGAUAAAAAAGAAAGUUUAGAAGCGAAGCGAGAACGAAAAGCAGCAAAGACUUUAGCAAUUAUUACCGGUGCGUUUGUUGUUUGCUGGUUACCAUUUUUUGUGAUGGCCCUGGUGAUGCCACUUUGUUCCAGUUGUGUUAUAAAUGAUUAUGUAGCAAGUAUAUUUUUAUGGUUAGGUUAUUUUAAUUCAACACUGAAUCCUGUAAUAUAUACAAUAUUUAGUCCUGAAUUUAGACAAGCGUUUACACGUAUCUUAUGUGGGGCACGAAGUGGGCCAGGUGGUGCUCGAGGCACUCGUAAUUUCCGUUCGGGUAAAAUUAGAUAAAAGAAUGUUUGUCGGUGUGUAUG